GCCAUCAUGAAAUCUCUGGUCCUGCUUUUGCUUGUGGGACCUUGCUUAGCUCUGGAGCAUGGCAAGAUUGUUGGAGAGUAUGAGGAGUGCACACCCUACUCCAAGCCCUGGCAAGCAUCUCUGAAUGCUGGCUAUCACUUCUGUAGUGGUUCUCUAAUUAGUCAGAACUGGGUUGUGUCUGCUGCUUACUGCUACAAAUCUCGUCUGGAAGUUCGUUUGGGUGAGCACAACAUCCAGGUUAACGAAGGUACUGAGCAGUUCAUCUCCUCUGCCAAAGUAAUCCGCCAUCCCAACUAUAACUCCUGGACCGGUGACAGUGACAUCAUGCUCAUCAAGCUGAGUCAAGCUGCUACCCUGAAUAACUAUGUACAGCCUAUUGCGCUGCCCAGCAGCUGCCCCGUUGUGGGUACAUGGUGCAAAGUCUCUGGAUGGGGAAACACCAUGAGCUCCCCUGCUGAUCUCAACAAGCUGCAGUGUCUAGAAGUCCCUGUUCUCUCUGACUGGGACUGUAAAUACUGUUACAAGGGAUCUGUUAUGAUAACUGAUGCCAUGUUCUGCACUGGAGGGAGGCAAGGACUCUUGGAGGGAGGCAAGGACUCUUGCCAGGGUGAAUCUGGUGGCCCUGUGGUGUGCAACAGUGGGUUUCAGGUUGUUGUAUCUUGGGGUUAUGGCUGUGUUUAGUAGAAUUACUAUGGUGUCUAUGUCAAAGUAAAAUCAGUGUGAUCAGAUACUGCAUUAUCUACAUUGUUAAUAUGGAAUAUUUCUGUUUCAUGAAUGAUUUUGAAAUAUCUUCUCACUCCAG